AUGCUGCCUCUCAUAGGGCGCUCGAGGAAACGGGGUGUUGCCGGCGAGGCUCUAGCUCCGCCUCAGAGGCGGGGGAAGGCUGCCUCGCCCAAUCAGGCGCUCGCGUGCCGCUCAGGCGGCUGCGACGGUGGCCGGGAAGGGACACGCUUGGCCCGCGGGGCGCUUGCGCAGCCGGGCAUGGCAGGCGCGGGAUUGCGGGGCUGCAGGCGGUGCCUGGGGCUUGGAGGGGCGGCGGCCGCCCGGUGGGGCUGGGGGCUCAGCAGGGGGCUCGGCCAGGAGCAGGGGGAGCCGCCCAGUCUGGAUGCCAAACUCAAGAAGGCAAGCCAAGUCCCAAAGAUCUACACGAAGACCGGGGACAAAGGAUUUUCCAGCACAUUCACUGGGGAGAGGAGAGCAAAAGAUGACCGAAUCUUUGACGCCUUGGGGACGCUGGAUGAAUUAAAUUCCACCAUAGGGCUGUGCGCUGAAUUUGGCAGUGAGCAUGGCCAUUCCUUUGUGGAAGAGCUUCACAAGGUGCAGUGCAUGCUGCAAGACGCCGGCUCCAACGUGGCCACUCCGAUCUCCUCUGCCAGAGAGUCUCACUUAAAACGCACAUCCUUUAGUGAAAAACCCGUCCUGGAACUCGAGACCUGGAUCGAUCGAUACUCAGACCAGCUCCCGCCUCUGACAGCUUUCAUCUUACCGUCCGGGGGCAAGAGCAGCGCCGCUCUCCAUCUCUCCCGAGCCGUCUGUCGCAGGGCUGAGAGGCGCGUUGUUCCUUUAGUGAAAUCCGGAGAAGCAGAUGCAAACGUGGCCAAGUACUUGAACAGGCUUAGUGACUACCUGUUUGUCUUGGCCCGCUACGCUGCGAGGAAAGAAGGGAAGGAAGAGAAAGUCUACACCAGAACGGAGCCCUAAGCCCAACGUCGUCCAUCACAGGCUGCAGCUAGAGAGGACUUGAUAUGAGCAGCCUUAAAGAGCAAAGGAUGCCUUCCUUAAAGAAAAAAAAAAAGUCAUGGAGACUUUGCAGCAUUGGGAAAUCUGCUAUGAGGAAUAGCAUUCCAGUGGCAACCACUGGCCACUUUCCAUUGGACUCCAGUAUCAUUUAAGACAAAUCAGACAGACUGUAAUGAAUUAAAAAAAAACUCUGGUGCAUUCCAGCAGGUGUGGAGUAAAGCUCAAGAGAGGAAGCAGCUGAUUCACAAAGCUCUGGCCCCACACAUCGCACGCUUGCGUUCUUGUUCUGCCCCAACUCAUUUGGUAAUCCCCCUUUGUGGCCAGCCCAGCCUGUUUCUGUUUCAGAUCUAUCGCAUUUUGGCUGCGAAUAAUGUCUUUGUUCCUGGAUCCCAGUUACAAUAAGUGCUUUGAUACCUGGCAGAUGUUGCAAAGAUUCCAAAGGCUGUGGCUGAGAAACACCAGGGUAGGGGGUUGGGGUGUUCUGUGUGAUGUCAUGGUGAGUAGCCAGAGGAUCGUGUGUGUUUUGUCUUUCUUUGUUUAAAGCCAACAGCUGUGGAUGUUGCAAUUGUAAUGAAGGUUGCUCCUCCAGAAACUCCCUCAGGUAGGGCUCUCCCACUUGGCUGUGGGAUACUUGCUGCACAAGGAAGGAAACUCCUUAUUCCAGUAGUACAGUUCUUCUUUAUUGGGUAAAUUCCAAGAAGCAAGUGGAGGAUAGGGGGGAGGCAAGAAGUCAAAAUAAUGGUACUGGUCCAGAUACACUUCCCAGUAGUUACCAAAAUAACAGUUCCAAGCCUUCAGCAAAUUCUGCGCCGGCUUCUGGGGGGAGCCUUUUCCAACGAUUAAAGUAAGAAACUGCAGAUAUCUCAUAUG